AUGGCACCAUCGGAACUUGUUCUUCUCACAGGCGGUAAUGGGUUCGUGGGAAGCGCGGUGCUUGUAGCCCUUUGCGAAGCCGGAUAUGAUGUGCGCGCAGUUGUCCGCAGGCAAGAAGCCAUCGACAAGACAUCUGCUCACCCCCUCAUCAAACGAUUCUCCGACCGGAUCCAAUGGAGCGUUAUCCCUGACAUCACGAAGUCGGAUGCCUACCUCGAAGUUGUUAAGGGGUGUCACCAUAUUGUACAUGUGGCUUCACCUCUUCCCCCGAUCCCCCCUCGCCCAAUGGACCUGCGCACACCCGCGCUGGAAGGCACUCAAGCCAUCAUCAAAGCUGCCGAAAGCGAGCCGCUGGUGAAAAGAGUGGUGAUCACUGGCUCUGUCGCCUCACUCAUGCAGCCAGAGCAAAGGUUGCCGGAGCAUCCCGAUAACCAACCCGGCGCCACCGUCCCGCUCAUGUCUGCAGAGACACACUAUCCCACACCAGCCGAGCGGCCAGACGACGCCACCACCCCGCCAAUGCAUCGUUACUUCGAUUCCAAGCUCGCGAGCGCUAACCUGGUCAGGGACUACGCGGCCGCGCACCGCGACUCACAUUUCCAGAUCGUCAUCCUGUGUCCGGGGUGGGUCCUAGGCCCGGGCCUGUUCGUCACGAACAAGACCGAGGCGAUGGCCACGGCCAACCUGACGCUUGGGUGGGUCAUGGCCGACCUGCGCGCCGCCGUCAACCCCGUCAUAGGGCUCCCCGCGGAGCAGCCAUCGCCCUACCGCACCGAGUUCGUCUGGGUCGACGACGUGGCGCUCGGCCAUGUCAGGGCGCUCACUGUGCCGCUGCCGUCCGGCACGAACCUGCAGAUCUGGAUCAUGGCGGUUGACUCGCCCGCCGGGCUGCGGAUCGAGGAUGUUGAGGACAUCCUAAAGCGAAGGACGCCCGAGAUUGCAAAGCACUUGAGCUUUGCAGGACGGGGCAAGGUGCAGUCUUUACCGAUCAAUUCUGACAGUGGGAGGACACAGGAGGAGCUGCUGGGAAAGAAAUACGUAUCUUUUGAAGACCAGGUUGUCAAGGCUGUUGAGUGGAUAGUCAGUCUGCCGGAUGCUGAGCCUUCGGCCGCCUAG